AUGAACCAUCAGGCGCGGACCCCAGCUCCCUCCUCGGUCCGGAAUCGGACCCCAGUCCGGACCCCGACUCCAGUCCAAGCCUCGACCCCGGUCUGGAACCCGACCUCGGGCCAGGCCUCGACCCCGGUCCAGAAUCUGACCCCGGUUCGGACCCUGACUCCAGUCCAAGCUUCGACCCCGGUCCAAGUCGCGACCCCGGUUCGGACCCUGACCCCAGUCCAAGCCUCGACCCCGGUCCGGACCCUGACUCCAGUUCAAGGCUCAACCCCGGUCCAAGUCGCGACCCCGGUCCGGACCCUGACUCCAGUCCAAGCCUCGACCCCGGUCCAAGUCGCGACCCCGGUUCAGACCCUGACCCCAGUCCAAGCCUUGACCCCGGUCCGGACCCUGACCCCAGCCCAAGCCUCGACCCCUGUCCGGAACCUGACCCCGGCCCAAGCCUUGACCCCGGUUCGGACCCUGACUCCAGCCCAAGCCUCGACCCCAGUCCGGACCUCGACCCCGGUCCAAGCUAUGACCCAGGUUCGGACCCUGACCCCAGCCCAAGCCUCGACCCCGGUCCAGAACAUGACCCCGGCCCGGUCCCCAACUCUGGUCCGGGCCGUCAACCUGGCCAGGAUCCUGACUCCAGUCCGGACCCCGGCUUCUGUCCAGACCCCAGCGUCGGUCCGGACCCCGAUUCCAGCCUGGUUCCCAGGGCUGCUGGUCCCGGACCGGGCCUCCGGGGUGCCGGCCUCGGCCUCCUUCGCGAACGCGGCGGCUCCGCCUUCGGAUGCGUCGGAGGCAGCGGCCCCGGAGGAGCAGGGCCCCAAGCCCUCGGGGAGUCGGACCCUGGUCCCGACGCUCAGCGCUGCGCCCUCGGAGCCGCCCUCGGAGCUGCCGCCCGCGCUCUGCUCCUCGGCACCCAGCCCGCGGCCCGGCCCGUCGGCCUCCAGGUUCCCAGGGCCCGCCGAGCCCGUCCCACUGGCCAUCCCACCGGCCGUCUCCAUCUCUGCCAGCGCAGGGGCCUCCACCAGCGAGAACUUCAUAACCGAAAAGAGAGUCUGCAUCCGCGUGAGCUACUGUGGACUCUGAAGCUAUGGCCUUCGGUACAUUCUACUUAGAAAGAACCUGGAGGAGCUAUUUCCCAAUCGCCUCGACUUUGUGGAAGAGCGAACUGCCCAGGCCUCGGGCGAGUUUGAAGUGUUUGUGAACGGGAAGCUGGUUCAUUCCAAGAAGAGAGGUGAUGGCUUUGUGGACGAGGUCAAGCUGCGGAAAAUUGUGGCUGCUAUCAACGAAGAGUUCAAGACAAGGUUUCCGCAGGUGCAUACCCAGUGUCGAGUAGGUGGCCGGGGACAGAACAGGCUGGUUUUGGACCGAAGACAGAUGACACGGAGGCCACCAUGAGGAUGGUUCUAAGGAGCCCCAGCGAUAUGAUGAGAAGGGCUGAAAUGUGGCCAGCCAGGUCCUUUUCUGAUGGUGGCUGGGGCUGGGCUGCGUUGGGGCGCGGUGAUGGUGAGGAGCGAAAUACACGUAGAACCC